UGAAAUUUGCCUUUUCUUGUCGGCAUUCGUGUUGCGACAUGUGGAUAUAAGAUAUUUGACCUCUUCGGACGUUAUGAAAGCUCACACAAUAUUGGUAUAAUAUUGAGACGUGCCGCAAGUGAUGUUUCUUGUGGAAAUUUGUUGAAGGAUUGCCUAAAAUGGAAUCUACGACGAAUGUUUCUGUGUCCGACCAGGCGGGCCAGGAGCAGCUGACCUUCCUGGACCUGCGCGGCGCCUCAGACGCGGACCUGGCCCUGCUGCAACGCAUUCUGACCCACAGCUGCAAGGUGCAGCUGCCCGUCUGCGAGAAGCCAGAACAGCCGGUGCCUGAGACGUGCCGCUUGCCGCCGGACGGGACCGAAUAUGACGCCGACGAGGCCGUCCCGCGCGCCGCCGAGUCGCCGCCGCCGCCGCAGCCGCCUCCACCACCUCAGCAACCGCAGCCGCAGCAGCAGCAGCAGCAGCGGCAGCGCACCCCCAUCGUGCCACCUACCAACCGUACGUGCCUGCCGAGUGGCGGACAGUGGUCGGACGAGGCGGGGAAUAUACCCCCGCUGGACUCACGGCAGGACAGUGAAACUCACUCAGGGACUGAGACGGAGACGUCUCGGGCGGUGUCUUGUCUGGCUGAGACGCUUCAGCGGGCAGAGACGGGAGCUUCCUUUCAGGUACAAACAGGCACGCCGCUGCUGCCCGGAACGGGGACACCUUUGCAGGUUGUCACCGAGGCUCCUCAGCAGUCGGAGACUGUGACUCCGGCGGAGAUGGAGUCGGAGUCAGAGCCGGAGCCACCGCACGGAUGUCCUCCAGGGCCGGACGAGCCGGCUGGCGAGCCCGGUCUGGCCGGAGAGAUGCCCUCCACCUCUCCGUCGGCGAUGCCCACCAUGUCUGCGCCGCACCAGAUGAUGGCACACAUGAUGCACGGAGGCGCGCCUAUGUUCCACCCUCAGGCGGCGCCCGGGUACUACCCCGGCAUGUUCAUGCCGCCGGGCGGUAACAUGAUGUACCAGAUGUCGCCAGCGGGGUAUCCGAUGGCUCCGGCCGGGUACGGCGCUCCCGAGCCGCCGGCCGCCGCCGAGCAGGGCGACCGACGCCGCUCGGCUGGAGGCAAGAAGGGCGGCGACAAGCAGCUGUCGGCGCUGGCGGCGCCGUUCCCCGGGCCCGGGUUUGCGAUGACGCCCCGCGCCGCCACGGGGCAGCCGCUGAUGAUCCAGCCGUUCCCCGGACACCCGUACGGCGCGCAGUACGCACAGUACCCGUAUCCGCUGCCGUACGGCUACGGCGGCUACGCGACCUACCCGAGUGGCGAGAUGGUGCUGCUGCCGCCGCCGCCGCCGCACCACAUGCAGCAGCACCCGAUGGAGAUGCCGGUGCAGCCGCCGCCCGGGGCCGCUGAGGAGAGUCGCACCCCGCUCUGCGAGCCGUACGGUCGUGCGGAGGAGGAGGACGUCCCUCCGGUGGCUGAGGACGCGCCCGCUCCUGAAGCUGACGCGGACCCCGCUCCGGCCGCCGAGCUCGAGCCGCCACCGGUCUCCGACAGCCCAUCGGCCACCGCCGUCUCCAUCGCUCCUUCCGCCACUGCUGGUAGGGUGGAGACAGCCGCCGCCGUAGUGCCGGAGCCCGCCCCAACGGGCCCGGUCCGGCUCAGCUUCGGUUUCAACCUGGAUCAUAAACUGCUUAUAGGAGAGAACAGUGCAGUGCAGCUGGAGACCUCUGGCGUCACGCCCGAGCCGACCGAGGAGCGCGCAGGUGACGGCCGCUCCUCCUCAGCUGAGCCCACCGAGACGGCGCCUCCCACUUCAUACGUGGCCACGGUGACUGUCAGUCAGCGGCGCGUGAUCCCGCCGCCGGAGCCGGUCGACUUCGGUCCGGACUCGGGCCGCGACUCCCCGGACCCGCUGCCGGAGCCGGACCGGCUGAUGGGCAGUCCGGAGUCUGAGAUGAUGAUCAGCCCGGAGCCGGCGGCCGGAACGGACUCUGAGACGGCUGAGACUCCGGAGCCGUACCCAACGAACGGCGCCAGCUCGCCGGAGCCGCUGCCGGAGCCGGAGCUGGAUGGGAUCGAGGAGCUGGAGGCAGCCGCCCAGGCUCCCGCUCCUGUCCCCGCUCCGGCCCCGGCCCCCGCCCCGGCCCCGGUCCCAGCGCCGGCCCAGCCUGCGGCCCGCUCCUGGGCGAGCCUGUUCUCAAAGAAGACUGAGGGCGCCGCGCCGGCCCCGGUGGCGCCCGCCACGCCCAAGCCGGCGCCUGCGCCGCCUGUGCCGGAGACAGACAAGGAGAUCUUGGCACUCGGAGAGGCCCUGGCUCGUUUCGAGCUGUGCCACAAGACGGUGUACCUGCAGCCGCGCGGCCUGACCAACAAGUCCAACUGGUGCUACAUCAACGCGGUGCUGCAGGCGCUGGUCAGCUGUACGCCCUUCUACCACCUGAUGAAGUCGCUGCCGCAUAACGUGGGCGUGCUGCCCGACCGUAGCCGCACGCCCAUCAUCGACGCCAUGGUGGAGUUCAUCCGGGAGUUCUCUCCGCUGCCGGAGCUGCCUCGUAUCUCCCGGCGCGAGCGGGAGCGCGGUCAGCUGCGCGACAUUCAGCACGGCGCUCCGUUCGAGCCCGGCUAUGUGUACGCCAUGCUGUCCCGGGUCAGCUCGGACGCGUUCCGCGUGGCCGGGCGACAGGAGGACGCGGAGGAGUUCCUCACGUGCCUGCUGAGCGGACUGCAGGACGAGAUGACCGAUGUGCUCAAGCUGUACCAGAAGAGUAAGGAGGAGGACGCUCCACCGCUGAACGGGGCUGCCAACGGUGACGCCCGUCACUCGGACGACGACGACGACGGUGACAGCGACGACUGGCAGACGAUCAUCGGCAAGAACCGCGGUCAGGUGACGCGCUCUGCCGAGCUGCAGACCACGCCCAUCAGUCGGGUGUUUUCGGGCCAGCUGCGCAGUGCCCUGCACCGCCAGGGCUCCAAGGCCACCGCCACCGUCCAGUCCUUCUUCAGUCUCCAGCUCGACAUACAGUCUCCCCAGGUGUCGAGCGUGGAGCAGGCGCUCGAGGCGUUGGUCGAGCGGGACCCGGUGGUGGGCCUGACCUGUCCGCAGACCGGCCAGCCGGUGGACGCCUACCAGCAGGCGGCGCUCGAGCUCACUCCGCCCACACUGAUCCUCCACCUGAAACGGUUCCUCUACGACCCCGAGACGGACGGGGUGCAGAAACUGCUCAAACGCGUCACCUUCCCCGUCGACCUGGAGCUCAAGAAAGAGCUGCUGUCGAACGUGCGCACCAAGAUGGCGCCCGGCCUGAAGCGCUACCGCCUGUUCGCCGUGGUCUACCACAGCGGCAAGGAGUCGACGAAGGGCCACUACAUCACAGAUGCCUACCACCCGGCCUACCAGCAGUGGGUGCGCUACGACGACAGCAGCAUCUCGGCCGUGGCCGAGUCGGCCGUGCUGCGCCCCGAGCCGCCGCUGGUCCCCUACAUCCUCUUCUACCGGCGCGUGGACACUGUGGGAGCCCAUAACGGCAAGUAGGCCGCCCACCCGCCGCGGGGGGCCGGACCCCGCCGAGCGAGCGAGCUUUCAUCGGGGACCGCGGCCGAACACGCCUGUGAUCAGCGCCUGCCGCCCGCCAGCGCCGGCCCAACAGGUGCGCUCUCCGUGUGGUAUGCGGUGUGCGCGGCGGGACGGUGAAGUGUGAGACCCCGCGGCGUCGCGUCCCGUGCCCGAUUGUGAAUACUGUGCUGUGAGAGGGCCGACGGGUGCCGCGGCGGGCCCCUCGCCGCCCGCGUCAGACGCUGUGCUCGGUGGCUGCACACGCGGGACCGUGUUAUCGGUGAGCAAGAGUGAGAGAGUGAGAAAGUGUUUUAGCGGGCGGGUGCGGGAGCGUUUCUCAGGCAGCCAGCGAGCGGCCCGCGCGCGCCGUCGCCAGCGCGAGACUUUGUGGUGAGUGGUCGGACAGCGCGCUUCGUGAGGCCUUACUUCGCUGGAUCGUCAGUAAUAUGCUGCAGUGCGUGUCCGUGUGUGUGUGUGUAUAAUCUAUUGGCAGUGGCGGUGUGGGAAUCGUGGCUGCAGCUGAUUGACCGUUCGGCCGGCCCGGCGCGACGAUUGUGUGCUGAUUUGCUGUUGUACGGGCGGCCGGGCCGGGCGCACCGACUGCGCCAUAACGAUUGUCAUGUGAAGCCGAGAGGCGAACUCCCGGAAACAGCUGAGUCCACGCUGUGGCGCGCGUUUAUGCCGUCCGUAGCGGUUUGUGAUCAAAUUAUUAUGUUCGUGCGCGCGCUCGCGGCGUGGACUCAGAUGUUUCUGGUGGAUCCGCGGAGUUUUUGUGGCUGGGAUUUCGGUCGCUCACCGCCUGUUUUACUCUGUAACGUUGUGUGCGCCGCCCGCCGAACAGUGUUUUUAAAGACGCCCCGUCACAAACUGUGUGACGUCAGUGACGUGAGUUGUGACGGAGGGCCCGUGUCGCGGGUCGCAGGUACUGGGCCGGGUGGCAGGGCCGCGAGACCGGUCGACUUCUUCGUGCGAGUUUCUUGCGUGGUCUGGUUGAAAUGGUUGGGUUGUGUUGUUUUUUAAUAAAGCAGGCGGCCCAUA